AUGUUGGCAUGCAUGUUUCUUCAGCAGAGGUCGAAAUGCACGUUUCUGGGAGUGCUUCAACAGGCGUUGGAAUGCAAGUUUCUUCAGCAGAUGUUGGAUUACAAGUUUCUUCAGCAGAACAAGAUGUUGGCAUGCAUGUUUCGUCAGCAGAUGUUGGAGUGCACGUUUCUGGGAGUGCUUCAACAGACGUUGGAAUGCAAGUUUCUUCAGCAGAUGUUGGAUUGCAAGUUUUUUCAGCAGAACAAGAUGCGGAGGUUGGAAUGCGAGUCUCUUCAGCUGGUAGUGCAACAACUUGCGCGCGAGUGA